AUGUCUUCAUCAAAUGCAUGGCAUGCACUUGAAUCAGAUCCUGAUUUAUGGCAGACCUAUAUGGAAAAAUUAGGUGUCGAUGUUAAUUCACUUGAUUUUAUUGAAAUUUAUUCACUAGAUGAAAAUUAUUCAUGUAAUGAUGCAAUAUAUGCUUAUAUUUUCCUUUAUCCAGACAGUGGUUCGUUACCUACUUCAAACGUAUCUCAACCGGUGAUGGAUGAUAAAUUAUGGACAAUUAAACAAAUUGAUGAAUUAGAUAGUUGUUGUUGUCUUAUUGCUCUUCUUCAUGCAAUCGGUAAUAAUUUGGAUAAAGUGAUAUUAAAACCAAAUUCUCCAUUGGCUGAAUUUUUUGAAAAAACUAAAACAAUGACUGCUGAUGAACGAGCUAUAGUCUUAUUAAAUGAUAAAAAUAUUCAUCAAGCUCAUGAAGAAACAGCUGAACAAGGACAAACCGAAAUGAUUGAUAGUGGUAGAGUUGGCUACCAUUACAUAGCCUAUAUUGUAUCGAAGAGCAAUCGAUUAUAUGAAUUGAAUGGUAGUACAAAACGACCACAAGCAAAAUUCAUUGGGGAUUUGAAUAAUGAAAGUUUUUUUUCUCGUGUGACUCAAGAAGUAAAACAAAAAGUGAAUGAACUUCAUGGCGAUAUUCGAUUUAAUUUGAUUGGAUUAGCAACAAAAUAA